CUCUUAACUUGCUGCUCCGCAUUUACGUUAACCGUUCUAGAAGGACACAACAUGGAUUCCCAACCGUCGACCUUGCAACUUUUCCCAGCAAUGUAGCCGGCCCUUUAUAAUCCGACCACUGGUAUGACUGUCUUUGCCUUGGUUGCGCGCGGCGUCAUCCCAUGGACGUUAAGGCAAGCAAAGAGCGCCGAACACUUGUCGAGGAACAUCGGACACGUAUUGAACAGCUCUGCAUCAUGGUACUGUAAUGGGGCUUUUGCAAACGGCGGCGCUCGCACUUUCAGCAGCAAUGACGGCAGUAGCAGCAGCCCCAGCACUGGAUGCCGCUUAGGCAGCGGAGACUCAUAUAACGAAGAGAAAUUAAGCAAAUACGACAGCUUUCAAGCGGAAGACAUUGCCAUCGUGUUGCCGAUGCCAAAGCUCUCGCAUGCCAUGACGCACGGCAGAAUCGCCCGAUGGCAUGUGCGCGAGGGCGAUCCGGUGGCGAUCUACGACGUGCUGCUGACAGUGGAGACGGACAGCCUGGUGGAGGAGGCGUACCGUUUGGACCAGUUUGCGGGCACGGUAUCGCUGCUUGUGGAGUCCCAGGAGGAGGCGGUGGUGGCGCGCCUACUGGCCCAGGAGGGCGAGCUGCUGCCGGUGGGGCGACCCAUUGCCGUACUGUGCGAGCGGCCCGAGGACGUGCCUGCGCUGAGGGAGCG